AUGGCGGACGGCUCGCAGAAUUUAGUUCCUAACUCGGUUCAAAACAAACCAAAUACAAGCGGAAUUUCGGGAAGUCAGCCAGCGACAAGUCAACCCACAGCUUCUAAUACAGCUGCGGCAACUGUGUCCCAUGUGGAUACUAAAGUCAGAAACGCUGGUGCUUCUUUGGCGGAGUUUUUAACCCAGUUGGAUGACUACACACCGACGAUACCAGAUGCUGUAACAGCAUUUUAUUUGAAUCGUGCAGGAUUUGACUCCACAGACCCAAGAGUAGUGAGGAUGAUUUCUCUUGCUGCACAGAAGUUUAUAUCAGAUAUUGCUAAUGAUGCUCUGCAGCACUGUAAGAUGAGGGGGUCAGGCCAGAGUUCAAGAAAAUCUGGCAAAGACAAGCGUUAUACAUUAACCAUGGAAGACUUGACCCCAGCACUUAGUGAAUAUGGAAUAACUGCCAGAAAACCUCCAUACUUUAUUUAAUGUAACUUUAUCAUACCCAUGUAAAUAUGGUAAAUUGACUAUUAAUGAACUGUAGACUUCUCUUUGUUGAAUGGAAAGAAAUUUAUAGGCAAUAAAGUGCAUUUUGUAAUGUUA